AUGGCACGAGCCAGGAACAGGGCCAGGCCAGCACCAGUUCAGUUGGAUGACGCAACGCAAUCUACUUUGGUUUCUGCUGUGAUGCAGAAUCUUGAGUACGGCUCCAACAUCAUUCAGAACUGCAACCUGGACGACGGCCUCAACAGGUGGUUCCCACUGGGCCCCUGCAUGCUAUCCGUCCACGACGGCGGUCCGCGGGUGCUCCCGCCAAUGGCGCAGGAGUCCCUGGCGCUGGACGACGAGCCGCUCAACGGCAAGCACAUCCACGUCCGCGUCGGUGCCCAGCAGGCCAGCGGCGCCGGCGCGCCGCAGACCAUCAACAUCGCCUUCGUCGUCGACAGCCAGUGGAUCAACGGCGGCCAGGUACUGGCGCGCGACGAGCGCUGGUAUGAGGUCGGCGGCGCGUUCCGCGUGGAGGCGAAGCCGGCGUCGUGCGUCAUGAUGUACGUCCAGGGCCCCGACGCUGGCGUCGACCUCAUGGUCGCGGGGCUCCAGGUGUUCCUCGUGGAUCGGAAGGCCCGCGUCUAG